GCUCUCUCUCUCUGUAUGUCGGGUGUGUCAGGAAGUCAAACUUCAUUCUCUCUCUGAUCCUCAGUCAACAACAAACACGAUGCCUGGCAAGAAAGUUUGUAUCAUCGGCUCAGGAAACUGGGGUUCUGCCAUCGCUAAGAUCAUCGGGCACAAUGUGAAAGCGUCGAACCGCUUCGAUCCGCUGGUGAAGAUGUGGGUCUAUGAGGAGAUGAUUGACGGACGCAAACUCACCGAGAUCAUCAACACCGAACACGAGAACGUCAAAUAUCUGCCCGGACACAAACUGCCCAAAAAUGUGGUGGCUGUUCCUGAUGUCACCGAGGCCGCGAGCGGAGCAGACGUCCUCAUCUUCGUCAUUCCUCAUCAGUUUAUUGGGAAGAUCUGUGACCAGAUGAAACCUCACGUCAAACCUGGAGCCACCGGCAUCUCCCUCAUUAAAGGUAUCGAUGAGGGUCCGGAUGGACUGACCCUGAUCUCGGACAUCAUCAGGUCCAAGCUGGAGAUCGAGGUCAGUGUGCUGAUGGGCGCCAACAUCGCCAGCGAGGUGGCCGAGGAGAAGUUCUGCGAGACCACCAUCGGAGCCACUAAUGAAUCCAACGGCAAGGUCUUCAAAGAGCUUCUGCAGACGCCGAACUUCCGCAUCACUGUGGUGAAGGAGAGCGACACGGUGGAGCUGUGUGGAGCGCUGAAGAACAUCGUGGCGGUGGGUGCAGGUUUCUGUGACGGUCUGGGUUUCGGUGACAACACUAAAGCUGCUGUGAUCCGGCUGGGGCUGAUGGAGAUGGUGGCCUUCUCCAAACUCUUCUGCAAGAGCGCCGUCAACUCCGCCACCUUCCUGGAGAGCUGCGGCGUGGCCGACCUCAUCACCACCUGCUACGGAGGACGCAACCGCCGCGUGGCCGAGGCCUUCGCCCGCUCGCAGAAGGUCCGGCUCAAAUACACUGAUGAUCACAUGACGCUCAGCAUUUCAGAGAUCAGCGUGAUGGGUUUAUUUUAUACUGUGAUGCACGGCAAACAUGUAUUUACCAUCACUGUACAGUUUCCUCUGUUCGUCUCCGUGUAUCAGAUCUGUUUUGAGGGCCGGCAGGUGCAGGACUUCAUCAGCUGCCUUCAGAACCAUCCAGAACACAUGUGAGCGACCCGAACCGAACCGAAGCCAAGCGAUCAGAAACACACACACUAACAUUAGCCUGAAUCUACUGAGCUUCACUCACACCUCACCUAUGACGAGAAGGGAAUUAUGAGUCUUCUUAAGUCCAGAAUGAUGAGAGUAUUUGUGUCAUUUCUGACUCAGGACUGUAACGCUGGUAAACGCACAGUGCAGCAUUUUAUAUUUGGAGUUUUGAUCAUAACUGUCUUAUAGAGAAUGUAAUACUUUAUAACACAAUCAAUAAAAGCCAUGCUGCUUAUUUGAAUCUUUUAA